AUGGAGGGUUCGGCGACAGGGGGAAAUCACGGAGGCGAUCCUCGCGCCGAGCAUGCCGCAACCAAGGAGUCCGAGGAGGCGGCAACGCAACACCAUCUGACGCUGCUCCAGCCGAGCGUGGUCGAAGUUUCUGCAGCCGUGCUGGAUAAGGACAAGGUGGCACAGCACGAGUCGGUGGGGCUGGUCGGUGGCUCUCCUCCUUCUGGUGGACGGGGAAGGCGUAGGCAAAGGAAGAGCGAUGGGGAGGAGGAUGAUGACACCGCCGUGCCCGGGGACCUCACCACGCGGGCGAAGAGGCGCCAGACGACAGGUAGUGCUGACAACGCCGGAGGCGCGGAAGUUGACACACCGCGAGGCGCCAAGGAAGCUAGUGGCAAGGCGGGCGGUCAAGCAUUGCGCCAGAAGGGCCGCCCCGCAGCAAGAAAAGCAUCUGGCGGAAGGAGAGGCAAGAAAGCAGCGACAGGAACGAGGCCGAAACGGGGCGAUGAAGACCCCGGUGAUACGGAGGAGGAGGAGGAUGAGGAGGAGGAUGCGGAGGGAGAGGAGGAUGAAGAGGAAGCGGAGGAGCAAGACGCGGAUGUUGGGGAGGAUGCUAAAGAUGAGAAUGAUGGCGGGGAGGACGAAGAGGAGGAGGAGGAGGAGGAGGAGGAGGAGGAGGAGGAGGAGGAGGAGGAGGAGGAGGAGGAGGAGGAGGAGGAGGAGGAGGGGGAUGAGGAGGAGGAGCAGGGUGACGAGGAGGAGGAGGAGGAGGAGGAGGAGGAGGAGGAGGAGGAGGAGGAGGAGGAGGAGGAGGAGGCAUCAGAGAAGGAGGAGGAGGAGGAGGAGGAGGAGGAGGAGGAGGAGGAGGAGGAGGAGGAGGAGGAGGAGGAGGAGGAGGAGGAGGAGGAGGAUGUGGCGCCAGGGAAGAGACGGGGCGGGCGUGGCGGUCGGGUGAGUGGGACAGGGAAGGAGGGGGGCCGGACUCGCCCUUCCCGAAAACGCGGGGCAGGUGACGCUGCGCGCGGCGAAGCAGCGGGCAAACCGAAGGCGCGUAAGGUGAAGGUCGAAAGUGAAGGGGUUGGUAAAAAGCAAGGGAGCCAGGGUGCAAAAGGGGAUGGAGGAGGAAAGGGUGGCCGCGCCAAAGGGGUUCGAGUGGGUACCGGCAAGAAGGAACCUGCCGGUGAAAGUGAGGAGCACGAGCAGUUUGUUACACGGGAGGAGUUCCAGGCGCUGCGGUCUGAGAUGUACGCCAUGUUUGCACAGCUUGGCCUGCGUCGUGGAGUACCUGCCAGCUAUGCCGGCGGGUCGGCAGCCCUGCCUAUGGCUGGUACCCCGCCGCCGAUGAGCGCCGUGGACAAGGCACGAGUGCUAGUGUUGCAGGAGACAAACCCAUUCCCGGUAUGUGGCGGGCCAAAUGGGGCGGGUUGGGGUUGA